AGAUUCCCUUACUCCCCACGCAGCAGGCUCCAGGGAGGGACCUGGGAUGGAGCUGACCCAGUGCCUGGAGCAGGGUCUGGCAAAGCUAGGCAGUGCUGGUGGCAUGGACUGGCCUGUAAAGAGGCCACUGUGGGGAGAGCACCUGGUUCCUGGGGGCAGGAGCACCAGACUGGUCUGGAUCCCAGGAGGGCUGGAGCCCCGGAAAACAGCGGGCAGGCACCUGUCUGCCACACGCGUCUAAUUUCUGGUUCUGGAGAUUUCCCCCCACCCCAGGAGAGGCCCCACUGUCAGAGCGUUUCCAGCUGGAAAUCACAACCCCAUCCCAUCCAGAACUAAAUGCCUAAGGGGUCUGCAGCAGCCGGGGGUGAGGCAGGGUGGGGGGCAGUGGCACACUGAUGCCCACUGCGUUCCCGCAGGAACUCGUGAGCAAGCUGCUGCACCUGCACUUUAAAGAGGACAAGACCAAAGUCAGUGGGGACGCACUGCAGCUCACGGCGGAGCUCCUGAAGAUCUUUGUCGUAGCAGCCAUCCGCAGCGUGCGGCAGGCCCAGGCGGAGGAGCUGGGCUGCGUGGACGUGGACCAGCUGGAGAAAGUGCUGCCUCAGCUGCUUCUGGACUUCUAGGGGUGUCCACCCUCACUGGCAGCCUGUCCGAGUCACCAGCAAGUCCCAUGUCCACGUGUUCUCCAUGGCUUCUGGCUUCAGACGGGGCGGGAGCUGCUGAUCCUCCAGGUUCUCCAGCUCCGAAGACUGGCCAGGUCCCAGCAAGCGCACCGCCCUUCCCCAUUGUCCUCUCUCCCUGCUGCUGACAGCCUGGACACAGCAGAUGGGGGGUCACUGACAGGAUGGGGGCCUGAGUGGGGAACCUGGGCAGGUGCCCUCCCCUUGCGCCUCCUGGGGCAGCUGAGAAGCACUUGGUCUUUGGGGAGCAGGUGCCAGGAAGAGCGGGACCGUUGCCCAAGCAGUUAGCCCGUAUGUACCCCGCAGACAAACGGAAGUGCGUGGUUCUGCACUGACAUCAAAGUUCGUAAGUCACCUUCAAGCCAUUUGAUGUUCCUCCCAGAAGAUGCUGCCCUGAACUCUAAGUUUGUUCCCACAAAGCAACGUCAAUAAAUCAAAGCCACCUCCCCAGG